AUGACACCUCGCGACGAAAUACUAUCAUGGUACCGCACCGCCGCCCUCAAACUCAUCAACUCACCAUCCCCCACCUCCACAGACGCAGAAUACAUCGCAGUGAACCAGCUCCUCCAACGCCAGGCUACAUCCCUCCUUAGAAUCCACGACGCCAAAGACACAUCCACGCACACCAUCAAUCAAGAUCUUCUGAAACGGAGAUUAGACGACAUCACAUCCAUAUCUACGUCUAAAUUCUACGCCUACCGCUACGACUUGCUCCCCUCUCACUGGCGAGAAAUUCACACAGACGCCCUCAUCCUGACUACAUUCCACGAAAUCCUGACUUCUCUGACAAGCAACACCUGGUUGGAAGAACAUGUACUUGAUCAUAUAGUAGAACUUCUAGACAGAGCGGUCAUCACAGCCGGUGGAGCAGGCAUCCUCGGCACAAAAUGGAUAGAACAAACGCUCCAACUACUCGAGCGUCUCUCCCCCACAGAUGAACCGGAUGAACCACCGGCUAAGAAAGCAAAACUACACACUGAAUUCUCAUCCGAAGAACCAUACGGACGACCCGUCCUAUCCCCCCAACGAAGCUGCCCCAUCCACAAAGCCUGGUCCCUAACCACCUUCGAAAGAUACAUGAACUCUCACCCCCCACGACCCAUCAUCUUCACCGACCUCGUCGCAACCUGGCCCGCAUUGACAGACCACCCCUGGAAAUCACCAGAGUACCUCCUCUCACAAACCUUCAACGGGCGGCGUCUCAUCCCCGUCGAAAUCGGCCGCAGCUACGUCGACCCCAACUGGGGCCAGGAACUCAUCCCCUUCAAAGACUUCCUCUCACGGUACAUAACCCCCUCCAAAACAACAGGCUACCUCGCUCAACACGAUCUGUUCACGCAAAUCCCCUCACUGAGGGGGGACAUUUCCACACCCGAUCUAUGCUGGUCGUCUGUGCCGCUGCAUCCCACUGAUAAGAGCAAGAAUAAAGAGAAGGUAGAUGUGCCGAGGGUGAAUGCGUGGUUUGGACCAGCCCGCACAAUCACGCCUCUUCAUACGGAUGCAUAUCAUAAUUUGUUGGUGCAGGUCGUGGGGACGAAGUAUGUGAGGCUGUACCCUCCAUGGAGUGAUAUGAGGCCGAGAGGAGUGGAGGAUGGUGUCGAUAUGAGUAAUACUAGUGCGUUGGAUGUUGGUGUUUUAGAGGGCUGGGAUGAGGGUGAAGAGGGUAUGAGUGAGGGUGAGAGGGAGAGUUUGAGGGCGGAGUUGGAAGGGGAAGAGUACUGGGAGUGUAUUUUGGGGGAGAGGGAUACGUUGUUGAUUCCGAUGGGGUGGUGGCAUUAUGUGAGGAGUUUGAGCGUGAGUUUUAGUGUGAGUUUUUGGUGGAAUUAA